UGUGUAUAGAUUGAUACAUCUUUCCUUAUCGAGUAUGAUAUUUAUUGAACUGUAACGUAGUAGAACUUAGUAUAUUAUUUCUUUCACAUUCUUGAUUACUUUCUGAAUUUAUUUUGCAAAGAUUAUCUACAUUAAAGGCUAUUGGUUAUUCGAGCGAGAAUGAAGUUACGUUACUAAGAAUAACACGACGUAUUAAUCUAUCUCUGACAUGUUCUUGAUUUACUAUAAAUUUAUACUUAUUCAUUUAUGUGUGACAAUUUACUUAUUCAUUUAUGUGUGAAAAUUUACUUUAUUCUAUAUGUGAUAUGAUUCAUACGAAUGGUCUAAUUAUCUGAACUUCUUAUGAUGCAAUCUAUAAUCUGAUAAUCAUUUUAUAGUUAAAAAUUACAUACAACAAAGAGAAAGGUCAAACGAAGAUCUCUUAUUCUAAGAGAUCAAAAUCUAGAAUUCACUGAAUGAACUGAGUAUUACGAGUUGUAUUUAUUUAUUCAAGCUAUGGAAAAGACCAUUCGAGUCUGAGAGUUAUUUCUAUGUAUUAUGUGAUUUGCUUUCUAUAUUAUGUGAACUAUUUCAAACAAGUUUAACGAUUCAUUACUCGGAAAAUUCAACUGGAUUUGUGAAAAUAUGAUAUCUCCCUCGAACAGUAAGGUAAACAAAGCAAGCUUGAUCAAAUGUUCGAAUGACGGAGGGAACAGUGUUCUAUAAAGCAGAUAAGUGUUUAAUCCGAGAAAAAGACGAAAUGGAGGAAAUAUUUCUACAAGAUUUUGGCAAGAAACCUGGAGAAAUGUUACGCAAAAUUGAACCCGAGCCAGUUGCGGCUGCCAGUUUAGCUCAGGUAUACAAAGGUACAACUCUAGAUGGGGACACAGUAGCCAUCAAAGUACAAUACAUUGAUCUUCAGGACCGAUUUAUAUCAGAUCUAAAAGCAAUAGUACAUUUGUUACAAGCCGUUACUGUUGUACACCCAAAAUUCGAUUUGCAUUGGGUACUUGAUGAAAUGAUCGAUACACUUCGCAUGGAGUUAGAUUUCGAAAACGAAGGAAAAAAUGGAGAGCAAUGUGCCAAAGACUUAAAAAGAUUUGAGUAUGCAUAUAUACCAAAAAUUUAUUGGGAUCUUAGUAGUAAGAGGAUUCUCACGACGGAAUGGAUCGAUGGUGUUAAAGUGACUGAUGUGGAAGGAAUUAAGGCUCAAGGAUUAGAUCUCAAGGAUGUCGACAAUAAAUUGAUUACACUAAUGGGGGAACAAAUAUUUCAUACAGGAUUUGUACAUGCUGAUCCACAUCCUGGAAAUGUUUUUGUAAGGAAGGGGAAAGACAAAAAAGCACAAAUAGUACUAUUAGAUCAUGGUUUGUACGAACAUGUGUCGGAAGAGACAAGACAAACUUUAUGCAAUUUUUGGGAAUCCAUGGUCUUGAGGAAUGAUAGUUCCUUGAAAACUUUUGCUCAGGAUUUGAACGUGGAAGGUAAGUGUAUAUUAUACAUAUUUUGUUAGCAGGUAAGCGCGGGAGGGCAAUCGAACGUACACGUCGAGUAACUGCUAUGCACACGUUUUAUUAUAUCUCGUAUCCAAAAGGAUGCGUACAGCACGAAUGCCAGACAGACAGUGAGUGAAUAAGAAUAGAUA